AUGGUUAAGGAAGAUGAAUAUAUCCUGACACUGUCAUGUCCGGAUCGUCCGGGCAUUGUUCAUGCCGUCACGGGAUUCCUCUCGCAACAUAAUCUCAAUAUUGUCGAUUCGCAACAAUUUGGAGAUCCUACCAGCUUGCGCUUUUUCAUGAGAGUGCAUUUUGCUCCUCCUAUUGCUUCUGCUUCAUCGACCGAGUUCAAAAAAUUGAGCGUCGAGGAAUUGAAGGGAGCUUUUGAGAGCAUUGCGAAGGAUAUGAGUAUGGAUUUCCAACUCGAUUCUUUGGCCAAGAAACCUCGAGUGUUAAUCAUGGUUUCGAAAAUUGGUCAUUGUCUUAACGAUUUAUUAUUCCGUCAAAGCAUCUCGCAACUCGGUAUCGAAGUCCCCCUCAUCGUAUCCAACCAUGCGGAUUUUGCCCCCUUGGCCCAAACAUACCAAAUUCCCUUCCACCAUCUCCCCGUCACCGCCGCCACCAAAGCCGCGCAAGAAGGCAAGAUUCUCGACUUGGUGCGGGAAAACAACAUCGAUUUGAUUGUUCUGGCGCGAUAUAUGCAAGUGCUGAGCCCCACGCUGUGUACGGCGAUGAGCGGCAAGAUUAUCAAUAUUCAUCAUUCGUUCCUGCCGAGUUUCAAGGGCGCGAAACCUUAUCAUCAGGCGUAUGAUAGGGGGGUGAAGAUUAUUGGGGCCACGGCGCAUUUUGUCACGAGUGAUUUGGAUGAGGGUCCGAUUAUUGAACAGAAUGUGGUGAGGGUGGGCCAUGGGUUGAGUCCCAGGGAGUUGACGGAAGAGGGCAGUAAUGUGGAGAGUAAUGUUUUGGCGACGGCGGUCAAGUGGGUGACGGAACGGAGGGUUUUGUUGAAUGGGCAUAAGACGGUGGUUUUUAAUUAG